AGUAAGUAAGUAGUGUGUUAGCUCUGUCAUUGUAUUUUUAGAAAACAUAUUCCGACCACCAUUCAAACAAACUGUAUACGAAACGUUUACUGCAGUUGUUUGUGGUCAAUACAAUGGCUAGCGUCAACUAUGCUCCAGGUCGAGGCUUGAGCGUGAGACCUGCCACUACAAUGAGUUCGCUAGAAGCAGCCCGAGGAAGUCGGGGAAAUCCGCGCAAGAUCGGAGGCACUGCGGCGUUAGCAGCAGCAACCCGCUUCUCUGGCGAAGACCAGGCCCCGCCAACCAAUACGACGGUGAGCUCUGACUAUGCCAGCUAUGGGAAACCCUGGUUGAAGGCUGCUGCUGUACCAUCGCAUGGACCCUACUCCAAUCCCCUAGUUCCGGGUACAAAUUCCAUCGCACAGUAUCCCAAAUAUACGCAGGGAAGGGAGCCGAAAGAGGCCACGUCCAGCUCCAACUUCUUCCGCUCUCCCGCAGACUCUCGGACAAGUGCUGCUGCUGCUGUAGCUACCUCCACGUGCAGUCUACCUGCGACCAGCGGCGGCUAUGAUCCAGAAGUGUAUGUCCGUGGCAUUGGCCAGGCGCCCGGUGUAGCGCGCCCCGGUCCAGUGGUUCGAGCACAGCAACCGUCUCAAGUGCACACUGCUAGUAAUACCGGCAAAGCACGAGGUGCACCGCGUAACCGCACCGACAGCACAGUAACUCAGGAUCAAGGCAAUCACCGCAACGACGGCGGCAGCGGUAGCACUCUUACCUCCGAUCAUGUCCGGGAUGCCGUCUUCAACAAGUGGCUGGAGAGCAAAGGCGCAGCAAAGACAAAGGCGCUGGCAGGUCAUGGUACGGGCACAUCAAAACACAGUCACGCUGGCAAAGGGUUGUCGAAAGGCAAGAAAUCGACCGGGAAAGUCGCUCAGCGUGUUUUAACCCCCGAACAGCUAUUCCAGGACUCCAACCAUGUACGCCAGGCAGCUUACGAGGAAUGGAUGGCCAAGAAGCUCGGAGAGAGCAGAGAAAAGAAGCAUGCAGAGAACGAGGCAAAGAGUCAGCUGUCUGCAUCCGCUGAGCUAGAAAAGAAGCAGAAAGAGGUAGACGCACAACAGGCAUUUGAGGCCUGGAAGGCCCAGAAACAGGAGAGGCAAGCGCAGAAGAAUGAGAAAGCAAAGAAAGCAGAGCGUGAGGAGAAGGAGCAGAAAGAAAGAGACGCCCGGGAAAAGCAGGACAAUGCCGAGAGUGCAUUCCGGGCGUGGAAAGCACCUAAAGACGAUAAGCUGAAGGACAGUGUGCUGCAAAAGCGCCAGAAGGAGAAGGAACUGGCUGAAAGGACGCGAGAGGAGCAAGAUGACAAGCUGAAAUCUUCUCAGAGUGCGUUUGAUGGAUGGAAAUCAAAAAAAGACGCAAGACAGCAAGAGGAGACCAAGCGACAACGACAACUGGAGGCUGAGACUAGGCGACACUACGAUCACAUGACCAGGCUGAAGGAGGAGGAAACGGCGCGGGCACUCAGGGUUUGGGCCGAACGCAAGGAUGCACCGGCAUCGCGACACCAGCCUCGCACCCCAUCACCAGUCAUAGAAGCACGCAUGAUAUGGAGUCCUCCGGGCAUUGGUGAUGGCGGUGUGUUGCGGCGCAGCAUGAGUCCAUCCUGAGCCAACCGAAUGCAAUUGCACGACGUGCGUGCUGGAACACGAUGCCGGAACUUCUCAACGGCUCUGUGCUGUUCUGAAGCAAGAUUAUGGGGUUCUGCACGACAAUACAGUCAAGUUAUGACUUGAUACACCUGGAGCAAAGGCAGUGGGUCUUGACCAAUCAGUCUACUUGUAAUAACAGUACUUCUACAGACUACAGUACAUGUACUUGACCAGUAUGAACGCCUUGCUUGAUUGGUAACAUGUUUAGUUAUUAUAUAGAAGAUUGCAGCAGGUAACAAGGCGUACAAAUCAAGGAGUUUCAUACCUCCCCCCCCCCCCCCCCCUGGAAUACAGCGGGUCCGAACCGGGGCUUUACCCCAUACAGUUCACAUGGUCGCAAGACCUGGACUCUACCAACAGGUUUAGUGGUCGUGUAGUCAGGAACACUGUAAGUCUGUUCUCAACACAGUGCAUCCUCCACCUUGUUACCUGCUGUUAUCCUCUGAACAUGUACAUGGACAGUUACUGCA